AUGUCGGGCAGCUUCUGGAGAAGCUCUCACUUUCAGCAAUGGCUAAUCACCAAACAAGAUCUGGCGCGGGAGCGCUUUCACGACAUGCAAGUUCUCACCGAAGAGGAGUACCAAAAGUUGCUGAUAUUUUUCUCCAACUUGAUUCAGGCACUUGGAGAGCAGUUAAAAGUGAAACAGCAAGUUAUAGCAACGGCAAUCGUGUACUUUAAGCGGUUCUACGUACGGAACUCAUUCAAAUGCAUCGAUCCUUUGCUGUUAGCUCCAACUUGUGUCUUUUUAGCUUCCAAAGUCGAAGAGUUUGGAGUAAUAUCAAAUAACCGCCUCAUUACUACCUGCCAGCAAGUUGUGAAAACCAAGUUUUCCUACGCCUACCCACAAGAAUUUCCAUAUCGUAUAAAUCAAAUCCUGGAGUGUGAAUUUUACCUGAUGGAAAUGAUGGACUGCUGCCUCAUUCUUUAUCAUCCUUACCGGCCGUUGGUGCAGUUUGUGCACGAUUGGAGCAACAAAGACAAUAUUCUUCCAACUGCAUGGAAUGUUGUUAAUGACAGUUACAGGACAGAUGUCUGCUUGCUAUAUCCUCCUCAUCAAAUUGCACUAGCAUGUCUUCACAUUGCGUGUGUCAUUACACAAAAAGACUGCAAACAAUGGUUUGCUGAACUGAAUACUGAUCUCGAUAAGGUUUUGGAGAUAACGCGGUACAUUUUAAACUUGUUUGAAAUGUGGAAGAACUUUGAUGAAAAGAAGGAGAUACCCUCUCUCUUGGCAAAGAUGCCGAAACCCACGUUGACGGCAAGGUAA